GAGCGCGGAGUCUGAGGGACGCGGGGACCUCUGGGCCUGGCAGAUCCUGGCGGAUUGGGUCGGAGGGUCCUGGAGCGGGACGCGGAGCUCUCAGUGUCAGAGUCGCAGGGUUCUGCGCCGGGAGGGUCGAGUUCCGGCCGGAUGGAGGGCGGCCCCGGCCGCAGGCCCCGCGGGGCGCCCCCCGCCUCUGAGGAUGAGUCACUGUAGCAGCCGAGCCCUGACCCUGCUGAGCAGCGUGUUCGGCGCCUGCGGCCUGCUGCUUGUGGGCAUCGCGGUCAGCACGGACUACUGGCUGUAUAUGGAGGAGGGCACGGUGCUGCCGCAGAACCAGACCACCGAGGUCAAGAUGGCGCUGCAUGCCGGCCUCUGGCGGGUCUGCUUCUUUGCAGGUCGGGAGAAGGGGCGCUGCGUGGCCUCGGAAUACUUCCUCGAACCAGAGAUCAACUUGGUGACGGAAAACACAGAGAAUAUUUUGAACGGUGCGCACGGCCACGCCCUUCCCCAUGGUCAGCUUGUUCCUGGUGUUCACCGCCUUCGUCAUCAGCAACAUUGGCCACAUCCGCCCGCAGAGAACCAUCCUGGCCUUUGUUUCUGGCAUCUUCUUCAUCCUCUCAGGCCUCUCCCUGGUGGUGGGCUUGGUUCUUUAUAUCUCCAGCAUCAACGACGAGGUCAUGAACCGGCCCAGCAGCUCAGAGCAGUAUUUUCAUUAUCGCUACGGGUGGUCAUUUGCUUUUGCUGCCUCCUCCUUUCUGCUCAAAGAGGGGGCCGGUGUGAUGUCGGUGUACCUGUUCACCAAGCGCUACGCCGAGGAGGAGAUGUACCGCCCGCAUCCGGCAUUCUACCGUCCUCGGCUCAGCGACUGCUCCGACUACUCUGGCCAGUUCCUGCAGCCAGAGGCCUGGCGCCGCGGCCGCAGCCCUUCGGACAUCUCCAGCGACGUCUCCAUCCAGAUGACGCAGAACUAUCCCCCAGCCAUCAAGUACCCGGACCACCUGCACAUCUCCACCUCGCCCUGCUGAGGCCCGCGAAGCCCCGCCCGCUGCACCUCGCCUUCCUCCUCUGCCCUCCGCGCCCCCGCCCUCCAGGGUGCCACGGCUCUGCAGCCCCUCACUCCCACCAAAGGGCGAAGGGCGCCAGGCAGCCCCAUCACUGAAGGCCACGCCCACCCGCUACUUAUUUGAAUAGCUCUGCCCUUUCGAGGACGUUGCACCCUAUCACUACAGGCCACGCCCACCACCUUCAUUUCAAUAGUCCCUCCCCCUUAGAGGGGCGGCACUGCUCCGCCCCUAAGCUACGCCCACCAUCCUUUAUUUCUGUAGCUCCUACCCUUUAGAGGGUGCUGUACUGCCCGAUCACUAGGUCACGCCCACAAUGCUUCAUUUCAAUAACUCCUCCCUUUUAGAGGAUGCUGCACACCCGUCACUGCCUCAUUUCAGUAGCCCCUCCCCUUUCUCAGUCUCUCCUCCUCAUUGGUUCCUUCAACUUAUCCUGUUAUCCCUCCCCUUUCCCUUGCCCCUCCCUUCCCCGGCAAUUCGCUCCUCUUGGUCCAAGAGCUCCGCUAGCCCAGUAUCCUACACCUCCCACUUGAUCGCUGGGGUACUGGGCUCGAGAGUGCUGUCGGCAGCCACCAGGAAUGCCGAUGGCCUUCUCCUCCCCUUCUGCCCCUCCUUGUGGCCCAGUACCGCUGGCCUGGGGUGCAGGGGCUGCAGGCCUGGGGGAAGCUGGAUUGCUUUUCCUUCGCUCCCCUGGGACACCUCGUGCUGCCUCGCGGGCCAGGGUCUUCCGCCCACGCGGGAACCUGGUCUCCUGGGACUCAGAGGUCCCUUUCCUCCACCCACUCACCUUCCUCCCUGCACCCACUGGUCCGCAGCCCUGGAGCACCCAGCCAUGCACCCCUAACGCAACGCUGGGCCAGGGGUGCCCGCCCCUCCCCCCUCGAGGCCCCGUCGAGGGAGGAAGGGGCAGUAGCGGGGGUCCACGCCCCCUCAUCUCGGUCUUCCACUUUCUGGCACUUCUCCUCCCCGACUACCCCCUCCAUUCCCUCCAUCUCAGACCCGGAUUCCGGCCUCUUUCAAAGCCCCACGCACCCCUUUGAACAGAUGGAGGGAAGGGGAGGUCCCUAGACAAUCGCCCUCCCCAUCAAGGGCGGGGCGAGGUAGCACAGCGUCGUACACGGAAGCAGAAGGGCCCCCGGGGUGGGGGGAGGGCGGGGGGCCGGGGCUUUUAGUCUGCAUCUGGGGGGACAGCAGUUAACCCGUCUCGCGCAGCGAUUUUUAACGAGGCUGGGGGGAGGGGCACGGGGCGGGGGGCCUGGCUCUAUUUACCGUGUAUCAUAUGUAAAUACCGACAGAAACUUCAAUAAACUUUAUUUCAAACA